UCAGCCAAGCCAUGUCGGUUCUAUGUGGAGCCUGGUGGGUGCAUCAAAGGCGAUCGGUGCAACUUCGAAGCCGAGCCGGAGCUCAGCGGCGCAGAGUCCAGUGUGCAGGGUGAUACAUUCUCUCCGCUGUCCCCUAACACUGGUUCCAUGUCGGAACAUGCGCCGGAACACAAAGACCCAAAGAAGAACUUCUACCCCGUGACAUGGCGAGUCGUAGGUGGUGGCGUCAUGAUGAGCGGCCAACGCGAGGUGUGCGAGAACUUCAUGGCAGGACGCUGUACCGAAGGCGCAGACUGUCGAUACGCCCACCCAGACACGAGCGAACCAGACUACGUCUUUCCCUACCCAGAAUUCCCGCCUAUGUAUAGCCCGCUUUCUCCCGGGCCACUCGUCUCCCCGGUCAUAUAUGCGUACCCUAUUAUGUAUCCGCCUAUCUCGCCGCCUCAGCCCUUCGCGCUGCCGGAA